CCCCAAAGUUAAUCAAAAAUCGCAAAUUUCUUACUGAAAAUACCUCUACAUUACAAAAAUCUCCCUACCAAGACCUCACAAUUACCGAACCUUUUACCCCCUACUAUUUCGUCUAUACCCUUAUUUCCUAGGGCUAAAACCGUCAAAUUAGAAAACUCCAAAAAGAACCCAGAAAAUAGUUAUGGAAAUAAAUCGUUAAUUCAUUUCAUAAACCUUCUUCGCUAAGACUUCUCAUGCUCUCUCUCUCUCCUUCAUGUCUUCAAAAGAAAUCCAAAUUCUCCCUCCUCAAAAUUAGGGUUUCCAAAUUCGCAAAAAUCCGUCGAAUUCCUUCCUGAAAAUUUCAACACCUUCACUCAAAGCAACAAUGGCGAAGGUAGUAAUAGAAGGUGACGAAUCCGAAUUCGUGGUAUUAUCAAAGGUAAGAACAGGGCUAAAGCGCGAGUUUCAGUUCGCGCUGAAUACUCAGAACGAAAUCGCCGGCUCACUGAGUCGAACUCGUGUUCGUAAGACUCCACCCACCGAGUCGACUGAGUUGAGCGAGUUGCCGGCUACGAAGAAGAUGAAGAGACCAGUUGGAAGGCCGAGGAAGAAGCAGAGUUUAAUGUCGCAUAAUAAUAUUCAAGCAGUUGAGAGUGAGGAUGAACCACAAAGUGAUGUGGUGGAUGUGAUGAGUGACGAGGAGAGUAAUCGUCAACACAUUGUAGAGAGUCAAAGGAGAGAGAAUGUUAAUGGAAAUGGAAGUGAGAGUGACUCUGUUGUAGAGAAUGGUGGAAGUGACGACGUCGUUUUGAAGAAUAAGAAGGUGAAGGUUCCUACAAAGUUGAAGGAACUUCUUGAGACUGGGUUGUUGGAGGGAUUAUCUGUUACGUAUAUUCGAGGGUUUAAGAAAGGAUGUUCAUAUAGUGGGCUUGCUGGAAUCAUAAAAGGGUGUGGGGUCUUGUGUCACUGUGGAGAUUGCCAGGGUGUUCAAGUUGUAACGCCUAAUCUAUUUGAAUUGCACGCGGGUAGUUCAAAUAAACGUCCAGCGGAUUACAUAUAUUUGGAGAAUGGAAAGACCCUUCGGGAUGUUCUGACUGAAUGCAUGAAUGCGAACCUGGGUUCUUUGGAAAGUAAAAUUCAAAAUGCGAUCAGUUCUUCCACUAACAAGAAAUCAGCACUUUGUGUCGAAUGCGAAGAGCUUAUUUCUGAUGAUGGUAUUGAGAGAUUGGCGAAGCUUUGCAGCUCUUGCUCUAAAUUGGAAGUCUCUCAUAUGACCCCAAUUCAAAAAGUCGUUGAAAUUAAUGAAAGAUCUGGUGAGCCUGUUUCACCACGAGAAUCAUCUAGUGAUGCUUCAAAAAUUAGGUUGGAAUCAACUAAGAGUCAAGGCAAGCUAACGCGCAAGGACCUGCGGUUGCAUAGAUUGGUUUUCCAGGAUGAUUUUCUCCCUGAUGGUACAGAAUUGGGGUACUAUGUUCGUGGAAAGAAGCUUUUGUCUGGAUACAAGCAGGGUUCUGGGAUUUUCUGUUAUUGCUGCAAUGCAGAGGUCAGCCCAUCUCAAUUUGAAGCACAUGCUGGUUUUGCUUCUCGCAGGAAGCCUUACCUCAAUAUAUACACGUCGAAUGGUGCAUCACUUCAUGAAUUGUCACUCACUUUAUCAAGAACAAGCCAGUUCUCAACGGAAGAGAAUGAUGAUCUUUGCAGUGUCUGCCAUGGUCUCGGGGAUCUAUUAUGUUGUGAUGGCUGUCCAAGGUCAUUUCAUACAGAAUGCAUUUCUCUUCCAAGCAUUCCACAGAACAAAUGGUAUUGCAAGUACUGUGAGGAUAUGUUCCAGAAGGAGAAAUUUGCUGAGCGCAAUCCCAAUGCUAUAGCUGCUGGUCGCAUCCCUGGAGUUGACCCGAUAGAGCAAAUAACUAACCGCUGCAUUCGGAUUGUCAAAAACCUUAACACUCAAGAUAGCGGUGGCUGUGCAUUAUGCAGAGUCCAAGAUUUUUGCAAAUCAGGAUUUGGACCACGUACUGUCAUAAUAUGUGAUCAGUGUGAGAAAGAGUAUCAUGUAGGCUGCAUGAGGGAGCACAGGAUCCAGGACUUAAAGGAGUUACCUGUAGGGGAUUGGUUUUGUUGCUCCGACUGUGAAAGGAUCAAUUUUGCUGUUAAGAAGUUGAUAGAGGAGGGUGAACAAAAGCUUCCAGAUUAUCUGAUUGAUGUGGUAAAGAAAAAGCUCGUAGAGAAAGGUUCUUGGGAGGCUGAUCUUGCUGUAUCAUGGAGGGUUUUGCAUGGGGGAAAGUCGUGUCUCGAUGAGAUUAGAACACUGCUUGCAAAAGCUGUUUCUGUGUUCCAUGAGCAAUUUGAUCCAAUCUGCUAUGGUGAAAACAAGCAAGAUCUUAUCCCGCACAUGGUUUAUGGGAGGAACUUGAAGGAAAAAGAAUUCGGAGGCAUGUGCUGUGCAGUAAUUAGUGUGAACUCAAAUAUUGUCUCAUGUGCUGUUUUUCGUGUACUUGGAAAGGAGGUAGUAGAAGUUCCCAUAGUAGCAACAAGCAAGGACAGUGAAGGAAAGGGUUUUUUCCAAUGCCUCUAUACUUGUAUGGAGAGAAUUUUUGAAGAUCUUGGUGUAAAGAACAUUGUACUGCCAGCUGCUGAGGAAACGAGAUCAUUGUGGAUGAACAGAUUUGGUUUCAAUGUGAUGCCCCAAGAGGAGUUAGAUGAUUUGAGGAGGACUUAUGCUCUGAUGUCUUUUGAUGGAACAUCAAUGCUGCAGAAGCUGGUCCCUAGGUCCAAAACCUGAGUUUUUGAGAAAGGCUAAUUGUGGACUUAAAUCUGAUAACGGUGCAUGGCUUUUGUUCAGUGUAAAGUAUUUUUUAAACUUUGUACAGACAGGAUAGCUGGAAGCGAAAUGGGAAGAAUGGUUAGGCCACUUCUUUCUUUUUCUUUUUUUUUUUUUUUGGCUUUUUCAAAGUGUUAUAUGUGCAGAAAGUAGAACUGAAAUCUCAUUUGGGGGAAUCAGAAAGUUUUGGAAGAAAGUAUAGGAUCAUAGUUUAGUACACGAGUUCGGACCUGAAGCGGUUUUGUUGGAACUCAAUUUUUUUUAGCAUAUCUGUAAAUUUCUCUUUAGUAAACUUCAAGUUUUUAUCUUCUGUUAAGCUAUUA